AUGGGUUUCGUGUUGGAUAACCAAAUCAUUGCUCAGGUCAUGCCGGGCAUAUUGACAGUCUCUAUCCUGGUUCAGAUCUGCUUUGCAAAGACUGUUCUUGCUAAUUUUGUUUUUGGGGAUUCCUUGGUUGAGGCUGGGAACUAUAACUACAUUCCAACACUCUCCAGGGCUAAUAUUAUUCCCAAUGGGAUUGAUUUUGGAAUGCCUACAGGAAGAUUCACAAAUGGAAGAACAAUUUUCGACAUCGUGGGUCAAGAAUUGGGUUUCAAAGACUUCACUCCUCCCUACUUGGCUCCCACUACAACAAGAUCUGUGGUUCUCCAGGGUGUCAAUUAUGCUUCAGGCCGGGGUCGUAUUCUUAAUCAGACUGGAAAGAUCUUUGGAGGUAGAAUCAACCUGGACGCACAGCUAGAAUUUGCAAAUACCAGGCAAGAUAUAAUAGGGAGCAUUGGUGCUCUUGCAGCCCUAAACUUGUUUGGAACAGCUCUCUUCUCAGUCACAAUUGGCUCGAAUGAUUUCAUCAAUAACUACCUAACACCAGUCAUUUCAAUUGCUGAACAAAAGCUAGUUUCUCCACAAGUGUUUGUUGGCACCAUGAUUUCCAGAUACAGACUACAACUAACAAGACUCUAUGAUUUGGGAGCUAGAAAGCUUGUUGUGGCAAAUGUAGGACCUAUUGGGUGUAUACCAUAUCAGAGAGAUCUAAAUCCAACUACAGGAGACAAUUGUGUUGAUUUUCCAAACCAUUUAGCUCAAUCAUUCAAUGCACAGCUGAAAAGCCUUAUCACAAACCUCAGCACAAAUCUUCAGGGAUCCAAAUUUGUCUAUGCAGAUGUCUACCACAUUGUAGCUGAUAUCCUGCAAAACUUCAUAUCAUAUGGUGGGAAUAAUGCCAAUUUCUCAUGCUGCUAUUUUAUUGGGAGAUUUGGGGGCAUGGUCCCAUGUGGUCCCUCAUCACAAGUUUGUAUGGAUAGAUCAAAGUAUGUGUUUUCGGAUCCAUACCAUCCUACUGAUGCUGCCAAUGUCAUCAUUGUCACGCGUCUCAUGGAUGGUGAUUCUAAUGACAUAACUCCGAUGAAUAUUAGGCAACUGGCAGAAUUGUGA